GCUACAACCACCGCCGCGGUGGAAAAAGGAAGAGCGGCAGAGGCAGUCUUAGUUGUUCAUCGUUUCCAGACGUGAUAUUUCUUCGGCAAAUACGCAGUCGCCUGGAUCCUGGGAUUACUCGUGUUCGAUCUGGUAACAUUUUCCCUGACUUUGUAAGGAGGCGAGAGCUCCUAGCCAACAAGACGCUGGCCGGAGGUGGAAUCUUACCCAGCGGCUCUAAACGGUGGACAUCGACUGUGCAUCGGCCGUUUUGAAUCAGCGUGCGUCGGUGAGCCUGCAGGCUCCACGCUGGUGCUGAGGCAGGAUGAAGAGGUUUAGGCGACACGGCCAGGAGUCCCAGCGAGAUCGACUCAAACAGGAACUCUUCCAGUUCAACAAGACCGUGGAGCAUGGUUUCCCCCACCAGCCCAGCGCUUUGGGUUACAGUCCCUCCCUGCAGCUGCUAGCCAUCGGCAACCGCUCCGGGGCCAUCAAACUGUAUGGAUCUCCAGGUGUGGAGUUCAUGGGCCUGCAUGAUGAGAACGCGGCCGUCACACAGGUGCAUUUCCUCCCCCACCAGGUUGAACUGGUGACGUUGCUGGAUGACAACAGUUUGCACAUGUGGACUUUAAGAGCCCACAAGGGACUGUCAGAGCUUCUGGAGAUAGGACGCUUCAUGCUCACGGGACCUCCUGGUGCUCCUCCAAGUGUGACCCGAGUGACAGCGGUGCUGGCCCACUCCUCAGGGGAGCUGCUGCUGCUGGGUACGGAGGGAGGACACGUCUUCAUAGUCGAAGUCCCUGGGUUCAGAGAGCUGGAAGAGAGGAACAUCAGUCUCGACCAAGUCGCCAGCAGCGUACCAGACGACUACAUCGGCCGGAGGAAUCUGGAACACGUAGAGGCCUUACAGGAGAACCCAGUCAACCCAAACCAGGUCGUUAUCGGCUACGGACGAGGUCUCAUGGUCAUAUGGGAUCUGGAGAAACACUGUGCCACCCAGCACAUCCCUGCCACACAGCAACUCGAGAGCGUGUGGUGGACAGAGGAUGGGAAAUACAUUCUCAGUUCACACAGCGACGGAAGCUACUGUCGAUGGAUGGUGGGCGGAGAGGACGUGAACGAGGAGGAGGAGAAAUCAGACAUUCCGUACGGACAUUUCCCCUGCAAGGCCAUUUCCAAAAUAGUUCAGCUCCCCACAGAAGAAGGACCUCCAUUCCUGCUGUUCAGCGGUGGCAUGCCAAGGGCCAGCUAUGGGGACAGACACUGUAUCACAGUGAUCCACGGUAAAACACACGUGGCUCUGGACUUUACCUCCAGGAUCAUAGACUUCUUCGCCAUCAGAGACGGACCACAGCACACAGGAGACCCCAGUGCGCUGGUGGUCCUGGUGGAGGAGGAGCUGGUCGUGAUUGACCUGCAGACAGAAGGCUGGCCGGUCAUUCAGACGCCGUACCUGGUUCCCCUCCACAGCUCAGCCAUCACCUGCUCCCACCACAUCUCUGCCAUCCCCCUCAAACUGUGGGAAAGGAUCAUCGCUGCUGGAGACCUGCAGAACACACACUACUCUAAAAAGCCAUGGCCAAUAACUGGAGGCCAGAACCUGGCCCCAGACCCUCCACAGAGAGACCUGCUGCUCACAGGGCACGAGGAUGGAACGGUGUGUUUCUGGGAUGCAUCAGGAGUCUGUCUGUAUCCCAUGUACAAGUUAAGCACAGCUGGAGUGUUCCACACAGACGCCGACCCCAAUGACAACAUGAACCAAGGCACUGAAGGAGAGUGGCCACCAUUCAGAAAGGUUGGCUGUUUUGACCCCUACAGUGACGACCCGAGGCUCGGCAUUCAGAAGAUCCAUCUGUGUAAAUACAGUGGCUAUCUGACUGUGGCGGGCACUGCUGGACAGAUCCUGGUGCUGGAACUGAACGACGAGGAAGCAGAGCAGACUGUGGAGGCAAAAGUCGUGGACUUGCUGCAAGGCCAAGAGGGAUUCCGCUGGAAGGGCCACACUCGGCUGGACGUGCGAGAAGAGCCGGUGGUGUUUCCUCCGGGCUUCCAGCCCUUCGCUGUGGUCCAGUGCCAGCCCCCCGCUGUGGUCACCGCCCUCACCCUGCACUCAGAGUGGAAGCUGGUAGCUUUUGGCACCAGCCACGGUUUUGGCCUAUACGAUUACCAACAGAAGAACAACGUCCUCAUCAAGUGCACCUUAAACCCCAGUGACCAGCUUGCCAUGGAAGGCCCUCUGUCCAGGGUGAAGAGCAUAAAGAAAUCCCUCCGCCAGUCAUUCAGGAGAAUCCGACGCAGCCGAGUGUCACUAAGGAAACAUCACGUCAACAAUGCUGCAAAGCUUCAGGAUGCCAACGCUCGCCUGGAGGCCGAGCUGGCAGAAAUGGAGCUGGCUCCCGUCCAGAGGAAGAUCGAGGCUCGCUCCUCGGACGACUCGUUCACCGGUCUCGUACGGACGCUCUACUUUGCUGACACCUUCCUCACAGACAGUUCACAUAACACACCCUCCCUAUGGGCAGGAACCAAUGGCGGUUGUGUGUUUGCGUACAUGCUGCGUCUUCCUCCUGCAGAGCGCCGAGCAGAUGAACCUGUCACAGCACAGCCGGCUAAGGAGAUCCAGCUGAUGCACCGGGCUCCUGUUGUGGGUAUAGUGGUGCUGGACGGUCAUGGCGCUCCUCUCCCCGAGCCCCUGGAGGUGGCCCACGACCUGGCUCGCUCACCUGACAUGCAGGGAUCACACCACCUCCUGGUCAUAUCUGAGGAGCAGUUUAAGGUUUUCACUCUGCCUAAGGUGAGUGCUAAGAUGAAGCUGAAGCUGACGGCCGUGGAUGGCUCCAGAGUACGGAGGGUAGGCGUCGCCUGGUUCGGCAGCAAUCGGUCGGAGGACUACGGCGAGAGCGGCCUCAUAGUUCUGACCAAUCAGGGCGACGUCCACGUGGUGUCGCUGCCGACAGUCAAGCUGCAGGUUCAGUACCCCUGCAUCCGCCGAGAGGACGUCAGCGGCAUCGCCUCCUGUGUCUUCACCAAGCAGGGCCAGGGCUUCUACCUGAUCUCUCCAUCUGAGUUUGAACGCUUCUCUUUGUCCACCCGCUACGUGGUGGAGCCUCGGUGCCUGGUCGAGGUCCCUCUUCGUUCAGACGCCCUCACCCAACCCAGGCCGUCGUCGGACGAAGCCUCAUCCGCUCACGGAAAUGCCAAACAGUGCGGCGAGGACGCAGAAAGUGCAGCUAGACGUGUUAUGGAGCAUGCUUUGCUGAAUGAUGAGAAAGUACUACAGGAGAUCCAGAAGUCACUAGAAGGAGACCAGAUGUCGUUCCUGGAGAACAAUGUGAAGAGCGCUGUAGCCUGAGGGACGCUGCUCCACAGUGGAGAGACAACUGACUUGCCGAUGUGUAUGCAGUCCUGUAGCCACGACCACUACUGUCCCCUGACCCCUCUUCCCCCGCCUAGCGACUGACCUCCCCACCUGACCCUCAGCUCACCUCGCCCUCCCCCCCCCUCCCUCGCAGAGACACCAAAGGGCUCGGAGCACCACGAAAGCUGUUCAAAGACUAAACAGUGCAGACAGAGGUUGAAGGAAGAGACACCACCUGUGCCUAAAGACCAACACACUGUUACACAGCGCAUCACAGCAUGGUCACAGCCAUCCAACCCAAAGCUACAUGAAGUACAUUCCUGACAUGUGACCGGUGCCAUAAAUCAUCAAUGCCAGCAUCAACCCGGCGUCUCACGUCUGCCGUAGAUGCCACUCGUCCAGUCUGUUUGACAAACAGCGACCACACCUCCGUCACUCUGAAAGGCUUCAUCGCCACCAGUCUGUUCACUCUGCCGUGCACCCUCUCUGGCCUUCAUCUCCCCACAUAGAUGAACAGCCGGAAGGAAAGGGUGGGAUGAUUUGAAUAAUGAAGAUGAACAUGUUUCGAAGCUGAAUUUUAUGUCAUUUGUGCCUCCUUUUUGUUUAGGUGACUUUCCGAUUUAUACUGCGGAGGCCAGUUUGUGCCAGGAAAAGGAAAAAUCAGAUGAAAAGUCGGGCGUGAUUAAAAGUUAAUGUAAAAAUUACGAGAUGUUAGAUCAGAAAAACAAAAUGCUUAGUCUAACUGCUGAGAUACUGAAACUAAACUAUGAUAUACCAAGCAAAAAAGUCAAACUAGUGAGAUACUGAGUCAUGAUUAUGAGACACCUUAAAGUUAAAAUGGACUUUUUUAAGUCUAAGGAAUCGGUUUUUAUGCCAAAAUCAUGAGCAACUAGGUUAAAACAGACUUUGUUCAAGGUAACAUUUCUUGUGAAAAUAAUAUUUAUUUUCUCAUAAUUUUUAAAGAGAAUCUCAGUCUUUUUUUUUUUUUUUUUUAUAACUUGAUCUCAAUUUUGACAUAGAUGUAAUUUUUACUUGUUAUUAACUUUAACUCAAUCAUAUUUUUUACUCUGAGUUUGACUUUGUACCUAUUUCUUUGUGGUAACUGUGAAUUGAAAUUAUAAGUCAUUUUUACUUUUUACAUUUUUGGCCUUUAAAAAGUAAAACAGGUCUCAUAAUCUUGGCUUAGUAAAUCCAAACAGUGACUAAGCGAGCUGUUUUAAUUUUCACAUUCCUUUCAUUUCAUUUUUUUUUUUUUUUUUUUGACAUAGAUUAGCUAACCGUCAAGGGAAAAUGUUUUUCACGAUGCCCCCAGAAGAGGAGAAAAAAAAAAAAGUUUGUUGUUUUAUAUGUGUAGAACCACACUGUCACCUGCUUUUUUUUAUUUUUCAGUCAUAAUUUGACUAAAUUAGUGAUGAUAGCAUUACUGUAUCACUGUACCACUGUAUACUGUUCACACAGCCCUCACCCCUCUGAUCCCCUGAUAAAACACCAGGCCAUACUGUAGGUACUUCACUACUGCGGCACUCACAAUGCUGUACUUUUUUUUGGGGGAGGGGGUGGGGGGCAGGUUUCUAUGGGGUUUGGUUUUUUAAUUAUUUUUAAUGUAAACCUUUUUUUUAUGCCAGCAAACACAAUAAUGUAAUUUAGGAAUGUAAGUGUAAGCUAUUGUAGUUAAAUGUUUUUAAUAUAUACAGUAUAUAUGUGCCCACUGUACCUGUGGGCCUGUUGUAAACUGGGGUUGGCUGCUAUUUAGAUCACACAAGGAAAUAUUUUGGUACUGUGUCUCAGAAUGCUGGGUAAUUUAGCAUCAGCCUAGAAUAUAUUUUUGUAGUGAACUGAUUGAGAAUCCAGUUUUGUUUUUUUUGAUUUGUAAAACACUACACUUUCUUGUGGAUAAUUAUUACAUGUUUUUGUUGUUUUA